GCAGAUAGAUAGGGGUAGCACCUAGCAGAGCAGAGCAGAGCAGAGCAGCGCGAAGAAGGAAGGGAGGUGGAGAUGGCGCCGAUGAAGCUGUACGGGAUGAUGCUGUCGCCCAACGUGACCCGCGUGGCCACCGUGCUCAACGAGCUCGGCCUCGACUUCGAGUUCGUCAGCGUCGACCUCCGCACCGGCGCCCACAAGCAGCCCGACUUCCUCAAGCUCAACCCUUUCGGCCAGAUCCCGGCGCUGCAGGACGGGGACGAAGUUGUCUUCGAGUCGCGCGCCAUCAACCGGUACAUCGCGACCAAGUACGGGGCGGCGGAGCUGCUGCCGACGCCGUCGGCCAAGCUGGAGGUGUGGCUGGAGGUGGAGUCGCACCACUUCUACCCGCCGGUGCGCGCCCUGGUGUACGAGCUGCUCAUCAAGCCCAUGCUGGGCGCCCCCACCGACGCCGCCGAGGUGAACAAGAACGCCGCCGACCUCGACAAGCUGCUCGACGUCUACGAGGCCCACCUCGCCGCCGGGAACAAGUACCUCGCCGGCGACGCCUUCACGCUCGCCGACGCCAACCACAUGUCCUACCUCUUCAUGCUCACCAAGAGCCCCAAGGCGGACCUGGUGGCCUCCCGCCCGCACGUCAAGGCCUGGUGGGACGAGAUCUCGGCCCGCCCCGCCUGGGCCAAGACCGUCGCCUCCAUCCCCCUCCCGCCCGGCGUCUGAGGUCGCCGAUGCCGGUUCUGCUUCCUUGUUUAGCUGCGGCGAGAAUGGAAUAAAAUUGUGAUGGAACAAACGACUUUUUAGAAAAUGAGCUUCGAAUUCUUGGUGUUUGCUGCUGUUAAAUGUUGAAUCUUGGUGUUGAAUGUUUGUUAUGGCACAUCUAUUUAUCCAGUUUUUGGCUUGAA